UGCUCAGUGUGUAGAUUUUGUGGGUCAUGGGGGAAGGAGGUAAAUAAAGAGACACGCGUAAAUAAACAAGGCUUUACCAAACGUUAACUAAACCUUUACUUUUUAUUUGCUGGAGAGUCAAGCGACUCUAAUGCGCAUGAAUCUAGUCUUAGCAACCGGAGCUUCAAAUCUGACAGUACUGUAAAAGAAGAAAGCGGAGGAGAGACACCAGCAGGAGGUGCUCUUUGGUGGCCCAAUCCGGACCGAGUGCUGCCCACUGUUGCCAUGGCGAUGCGGGAGCUUGUGGAUGCGGAAUGUGGGGGAGCCAAUCCCCUCAUGAAGCUGACCAGUCACAUGACCCAGGAGGGAGGGGCUUGGAGACACCGGUCUACGCCCACGAUUCCUCCAACAUCAAUCGAAAUUGCAACUGAAGAGGAGUUGGUGAAUGAGUUUCUGCAGUCCCCUGCCCGCCCCCCCCACAGCUUUGACAUGGGUCAGCUACUGGAGGAAAUGCAGCAGAUCGACCAGCAGAACUACAGACCGGCUCCACAGAGAGCUCCGGGCGUCGCUGCGUUGGCGCUGUCUGGCGAUUGGGCGUCCGAGUUCCUGUCAGGAGCAGACUCCGCCUCUUCGUCGGGGCAGGCGGGCCUCGGUGACACGGCCGAUGCUGAUUGGACCAAAGAGUUCAUCACCGAUGCCACGGAUCCAGGGCGCUGGGCAGAGGAGUAUCUGGAGCAGUCGGAGGAGAAGCUGUGGCUGGGAGACCUCGGAGAGAAGGAGCAUGAGUGGACAAAGGAGUACCAACCAGGAGACGAGCUGAAGCAAACAGCCAAUGAGCUUGUCUCAAAGGUUGACGACCCCAAGUUACAGAACACAGAGUUCCUGCGGUUCAUUAGGCAAAUUGGCGAGGGCAGUGUCACAGUGGAGGACAGAGCAGGCAAACAGGACACAGAUAGAGCACAGACCCAGGAGGCUCAGAACUGGGCCUCCAACCUCAACCAGUUCCUGGUCAAGACGGGGGGAGGGAGUCUACCUCUGGAAUCCCACGAGUUCAAUAAGAAGAUUGACAAAGCUAAGGCCAAACAGGCCCGGCAGUGGGCGACUGUCGCCAGGCAGGUGUCCGUUGAGUCAGCUGAAUCCUGGGUAGAUGAGUUUGCUGCGUCUGGCCCAGACUUUCAGCAGGCCAAAGCUGCAGUGGAGAGUGACGUAGACUUCUGGGAGAAGCUGCAGCAGGAAUGGGAAGAAAUGGCCAAACGAGAUGCUGAGAGUCACCCCUGGCUGUCAGACUUUGACCAGCUCCUCACCACCUCCUACGACAAGGGGUACCAGUUUGAGGAGGACAACCCCUAUCUGGCCCACCAGGACCCACUGGCGGAGGGCGUAAGGAGGAUGGAGGCGGGAGACAUCCCUGGAGCUGUGCGUCUCUUUGAGAGCGCCGUGCAGAGAGAACCAGAGAACCAGCUGGCUUGGCAAUACCUUGGCACCUGUCAGGCAGAAAACGAACAAGAAUUUGCAGCUAUUAGCGCCCUACGGAAAUGCAUAGAGCUGAAGAAAGACAACCUCACCGCUCUGAUGGCCCUGGCUGUCAGCUUCACCAACGAAUCACUGCACAGGCAGGCCUGUGAGACCCUUCGUGAUUGGCUCAGGCACAAUCCUAAGUACCAGCCAGUCCUGGGGCAGAGCGAACAGGAGCGUGAGCAGGACGGGGCCAGGGAACGAGACAAGGAGAGGGAGAGAUUUGGGUCGCUGUUGCCAGAGUCCCUGUUUACAGAGGUGCAGUCUAUGUUCCUGAGCGCGGCCAACUCGGACCCUGCCCGUGUGGACCCUCAGCUGCAGUGCGGUCUGGGAGUCAUCUUCAACCUGAGCGGGGAGUACGACAAGGCCGUGGACUGCUUCACUGCUGCCCUCUCCGUCACGCCACAGGACUAUCUGCUGUGGAACAAACUGGGAGCCACUCUGGCCAAUGGGAGCCGCUCGGAAGAGGCUGUCGCCGCCUACAGGAGAGCUCUGGAACUUCAGCCAGGAUUUAUUCGUAGUCGAUACAAUCUGGGAAUCAGCUGUGUCAACCUUGGAGCACACAGGGAGGCAGUGGAGCACUUCCUGGAGGCCUUGUCUCUCCAGCGGCAGGCCUCUGGCGAGGGGGCCGGAGCCUCCAAGGGGCCCGGAGGAGUGGCGGCCACCAUGAUGUCUGACAACAUCUGGUCCACGCUGCGCAUGGCGCUGAGCAUGAUGGGAGAGAGCUCGCUGUACACGGCUGCCGACCGCCGCGACCUGGACACCCUGCUGACGCACUUCUGCCAGAGAGACGUGGAGGGGGGGGGCGAAUGAGGGAGGGGGGCCGAG